GUGGCGCGCGGCGGUGCCGGUGUGCGGGGUCCCCGUGAGGUCCCGGGGCGUGCACGGCCGGGCGCGCGGGCAGGGCGCGCGUGGGGCGCCGGGGCCGCCCCGCGCAGGGGGUGGGCGCACCCCGCCGGCCGCGGGUGGGCAGGGGCAGCCCCCGUCUCGCAGGCAGCGCUCCCCCCCUGCGCCGCCCCGCCGCGGGCCCCGGGCCCCCUCUCGGCACCGCCAUGGAGGCCCUGCUGCGGAGGUGGGGGCUCCCGGCGCUGAGGGCCCGGCGGCAGGGCUGCAGGCUGCGGCACGGCGCCUCGGGCAGGGCGAGGCGGCUGCUGUUCUCGCAGCUGUUCCAGCCCCGCAACCUGCAGGCGGGCGGCGAGGCGGGGUGGGACGGCAGGCCCGGGGAGCCCACCUGCCGGAGCCAGAAGCUGAUGCUGCAAGCGGGGCUCAUUCACCCCGCCAGCCCCGGCUGCUACUGCUACCUGCCGCCCACCGUCCGCGCCAUGGAGAAGCUCAUCAAGGUGAUGGAUGAGGAGAUGCAGGCCGUGGGGGGGCAGAAGCUGAACGUGCCCAGCCUGAGCUCGGCGGAGCUGUGGCGAGCUAGCGGCCGCUGGGAGCAGAUGGGACCGGAGCUCUUCCGGCUGGUGGACAGGCAUGGCAAGGGCUACUGCCUGGGCCCGACGCACGAGGAGGCGGUGACGGAGCUGGUGGCUGCUCAGAGCAACCUGUCCUACAAGCAGCUCCCACUGCGUCUCUACCAGGUAACCAGGAAGUUUCGGGAUGAGCCCAAGCCCCGCUUCGGCUUGCUGCGCAGCCGGGAGUUUUACAUGAAGGACAUGUACACCUUCGAUGCCUCCAAAGAGGCAGCUCAGCACACCUAUGACCUGGUGUGUGACGCCUACUGCAGCCUCUUCGACCGCCUGGGCCUUCCCUUUGUCAAAGUGCAGGCGGCCACGGGCAGCAUUGGCGGCACCGUGUCCCACGAGUUCCAGCUUCCAGCAGACAUCGGUGAGGACAGGCUGGUGCUGUGCCCUGACGGACAUUUUGCAGCCAAUGUGGAAACGUUAAACAAGGAGCAAACGUCUUGCCCCACAUGUGGGGAAAAACUCACCCAGACCAGAGGGAUCGAAGUGGGGCAUACGUUUUAUCUGGGCACCAAGUACUCCUCAGUCUCCAACGCUGUCUUCUACUCCCCCCAAAACAAACUCCAGCUGGCAGAAAUGGGUUGCUAUGGCCUGGGUGUCACUCGCAUCCUGGCGGCCUCCAUCGAGGUGCUCUCUACAGACGACAGCAUCCGCUGGCCGAGCCUCAUCACACCCUACCAGCUCUGCUUCAUUCCCCCUAAGAGAGGCAGCGAGGAAGAGGAGGAGGGAGCCAUGCUGCUCGAGCGGCUGUACGAAGACCUCGCUGAAGUGCUGCCCCACCUCACUGGCGACUCAGUGCUGGAUGACAGGACACAGCUGACCAUUGGCAAAAGGCUAAAGGACGCCAACAAGCUGGGUUAUCCCUAUGUGGUCAUAGCUGGGAAGAGGGUUUGUGAGGACCCCCCGGUCUUUGAGGUUUGGAAUCAGAACACCAGUGAGGUUUUGUUCCUCACCAAGGAAGGUGUCAUUGAGUUGCUGAGUAAAGUGCAAGUCCUUUAAAAUUGC